GAAAGGCAACCAUGGCGGCGGCGGCGGCGGCUCCAUCGAAGGCGCAGGUGCUGUCCCUCUUCCGGGCCUUCCUCCGCACGGGCCGGAAGUUCUCCGACUACAACAUCCGCGAGUACACGGUCCGCCGCGCGGCGGACGCCUUCCGCGACAACCGCGCCCUCGCCGACGCGCCGGCCGCGGCGGCGGCCUUCGCGGACGGGAAGCAGCAGCUGGAGGUGGCGAAGCGGCAGGUGCUGGUCUACUCUCUCUACGCACCCAAGGCCAAGAGCGUCGUCGAGAUGAAGAUUCAGUGACCGACACGGGAGAGAGGUUUCACGCCAGCCAUCUCCUCCUUUUCCCCUUUCGGGUCUGUGCUCUGUUAUGUAGUAGGGCUAUGGUGAUUUGACGCUAUUAGAGGUCUGCUGAUUCAUGUUCGCCAUGGUAUUGUUUCUUUUGUUUAAUAAGUUUGCAGAUUGACGAUCAUGAUAUUGUAUGUUUCACAUACGAAUUGUUACAUGUAAAACUAUCUGGUUGCGGCUUACGAUUAUCUAAUGCCAUUGCCUUGGUACUAUUG